CUGGCCGUCUGACGCCAGGCGCCGCUCCUUUCUAUUGCUGGGCUGUUACUGGAUCGCAGGCCGUUGUCGCCUCAAGCUGCUUGUCAAGGCCUGCGCCUCCGCAAUAUCAGUCGUCCUGGACCCUCCGCUUCCGCCGCCCUCUCUCCAUCCUCCUCUUUCCUGUAUCCCACCCUCCGCCACCGUCUUUUGGAGCACGCACCGACUGUCGUCUCCGGAACUCUACGCACGACGUUUCGACUGCUCGCUACCGUCGCAGUCUGUUUCCGCGUUGGCCGCUUGCCUCCCUCGACCAAUUCGUGCCAACCGCCGCGCACCCAUGCGCCCGCCCCUCCGCCCGCCACAGGCAUUACGACACCGAGGUGACGACAACAGGUUGCAGCCACAUGUUGUCUUAUUAGGCCUUCGGCGCGCCAGUGACCGCCGCAGCGCAGUCCGUUUCUCGACAAACUGCCCGUCGGGGCCUCUCGCUGCGGACCCGUUCCUCUACUGCGACUCGACGCCCUCGUCUCAAUAGAAACGCCCCUCGCUCGUCGAAACCUCUGCGGAGGUCGGCGGGCGUGGACCGGCACCGCCGACCAUUAACAAUAUGUCCAUCUAUUCAGAUGCACCGGAGCUGUGGCCCUUCCGGCGCGACAAGCCAACGCUGCUUGUCUGCUGGUGGGCAACAUCGUUCUGCGCUCUGAUGAUCCUGCUUCGGAUAGCCGGUCGCUUUAUUCGUACGGAGAGGCUGUUCCUCGAGGAUAGAAUCGCCGCUCUUGCGCUGAUUCCGCUGAUCAUGCGCAUGGCCUGCGUUCAUUUCAUUCUCAUUUUCGGAACCAACAACGCCGACUUUACCAACGUGGAUCUCACCGACACCCAAAUACAUCAGAAGUCCGUCGCCAGUGGUUUGGUCUUGGCCAGCCGCUUCUUCUAUGCUGCGACGUUAUGGAUCCUCAAGCUAGCCAUCUUGGAGUUUCUGAGGAGGCUCACCGGCUUAACGUGGGAGCGGUCACACCAGACGACGCUUAUUGCCAUCCGCUGGAUCUUGCUUGUCACCUUUAUCGUCGUGAUCAUAAGCGACUUGGCCGAAUGUCAGCCGUUUCGACUUUACUGGCAAGUGGUACCUGAUCCAGGUGGCCAUUGUCGACAGGGCUACGCUCAACUCAUCACCAUGGCCUCGUGCAACAUAUUCACCGAUCUCCUCCUUGUCUUCUUUCCGAUACCGAUUAUUCUACGAAGCCAAAUGUCCAUCAAAAGGAAGAUUCAACUGGUGUUGCUCUUCUCCCUGAGUCUCCCAGUCGUCGGCGUCACGAUCUACCGCAUUCCCCGCACGCUCGAGGAACAGGGCCGGCAACAGUUUCGGUCCCUGAUGGCCUCGGUGGAAUUAAUCUUUGCCACCGCGGCUGCAAAUGCUCUAGUACUCGGCUCGUUUGUGCGAGACCGUGGUGUGAAGAAACAAAAGUUCCGGCGCAACUCGGCCGCUGACUCGUUCGAUCGAUCCAGCGGGCCUCGACGACCAACGUUUCACCGACAAUGGGGCAGUGAUGAGGACCUCGUCAGGGACGUUGGGCUAAGCAUCGAUCCUGAGCUUCGGCAGCGCCCAAUGCAUACCGAAGGCCAGUACUUUGCCCCAGCUCCGAUGGUUCCGCAGGCCGAGAGGAAUCACUCGAAGCAACGGGGCCACGCCAUGCACAGCGAUGAGUCACUGCUGCAGCACGAACCCCUUGCCAAGAGCAAUUCAACGCCUGGGAGAAGCGGGCUCUCGUUUUUGGACGUGGGUGGGCUCCUGGACAGCUCGGUGGGCAGCAGCAGUGGCAGCUAUCGGAGAGGGAGUUAUACAUCGUCUACCCCCGACCCGAGCUCGCCGCGCGUUGCCCCUCCUGCUACGGUGCCUGCGGGGACCUCAGGAGUGCGCAGGGGUUCCACAGCCUUGCUGCAGGACCUGGGAGGACUCUUGAGCCCGCUCAAUACUCGAUCAUCGAAGAUGAGAGCUAGGAAUGAGACGGAGCUGCAACCGAUUCCUCAGAGCCGUUCAACGAACACGACAAGUAGCCACAAAAGCGAGGGUAUGGAAUUGAUGGACCCUGGCGGCCUCCUCAAGUAAAGUCUGUUCUCACAAUCCGCUUCCCCAAGGACGACUUGCGGCUCUUUCAAAAACUCUGGGCAUCAUAUGGAUAUGCUCACACCCUUGGAUCGGGACGACAUUAUGCCAAAGGGCUCGCGACCUUCGCAAUGCCCCUUACCUUCCUGAAUUUUCAGAUGCCGGAUUAUCAGCUGGGCGUUCACACGGACUUGGUUUCGGAUAUCAAAGCGGCUCUCUUUUACUUCUACUCAGUUGCCCAGGCAGUGAUUGGGAUGCUCGAGCCGAGAUGUAUGUGGCCAUGCGCGAUCAUGGAACCACACACCCACGGGGAUGCGGGCUGUCGGGAGGGUUAUGAAGGCUUUCUCUCCCGGGCGAGCUAUUAUUGGGUUGGCUUCGGAUUUUCUUUACAUCUACUAUAUACCCCGGCGAAAUGCCUUGACGACGUGGUGGCGGGCUCAGGCGGGCUGUUUGUUUGGUGCUUGCCUGCAAACAUGUAAAGAGGCUCGGUGUGAUGAUGAUGAGGUGGAUCUGUAGAUGGAUGCUCAGUAGAAUAAUGAAGAUGAUAGAUCUUCAUCUAUACACCGCCACAAUUGGCG